GGGUUCCACUGCCCAGAAGUCUUGGGUCUUUAGGGCAUCCGGCCGGUCACGGGGAGAAGGCAUGGUCGCCAUGACAAGGUGGCUGCCUUUAACUUUGCUUUUGGAGGUCACCGCGAAGCCAAAGGUUCCCCAUGUGCAGUGGGGCCAGAAGCCUGACAGGCUCUACUUGACCAUCCCUUUGAAGGAGGUGACGGAACCGGAGGUGGAACUCGAGGAGAAGCGGAUCUUCUUCAAGGGGAUCAGCCAUGGCCAGGAUUACGAGGUCAAUCUGCACCUCCUGCGGGGCAUCAAUGUCACCACCAGCAAGUACGACCUCAGCGAAAAGGCGGUGUCUUUCGAGCUGCCGAAGUUGGUCUCGGAGCCCUGCUGGAAGCGGCUGAUCCGCUCCAAGAAGCCAGCGCCACAUAUCAAGAAGGAUACAGCUCGCCUGUACCCAGACCAGUGCUACGACAUGAUGGUCCAGUGGAGGGAAGCAUAUUUUUACGCCAAGCUCCACCCGAAGGAGGCAGAGGAGGCCAAAGCAAGCCAGGGAAACCCCAAGGUGGACCCAAAGGCCGAGGAGCGCAAGGACUUCGAGCGAAAGCUCGAGGCCCUCAGAGCCAAGGCAGUGCCGCGGAAGCAGAAGCAGAAGAAACCAAAGAAGGGCAAGAGCGAGCUGUAGCAUGGGACCCGCUAGCCAAGCGCGCGCAGAGCUUGUGAGUCAGACCGAAGGUUCUUGGAUCGCACACCGAAGCUUUUUAUUUGCUCGAG